UUGAGAAUUUUUCACUAAAGUUUCUAAGACAAUAAUAAAGUUUUUUGUGACACAUUCGUCUUAAAAAUGUGGAAUUUGAGUGGAUAUGAUAGCGAAGCGGUUGGUUUCGAUUCUGUGGCUGUUAAAAAAACCGAAGACGCGAGCACCGGCACUCAAACUACAGAAUUCUUUGAAGCGGCCGUCGCAACUCAAACUGUUGCUUACAAAGACGGUUCAUCGAUGACCUCUCCUACAGAGGAUUUGACGACAAAAGACGUAAAAUAUUCGGCAGCCAAUUUAAAUGCGUUCCUCCAAAGAGUGAUGCCGGGUAUGCUUGAGCAGCUAGACGAUAACAAAGAAAACGCAUACGAGUCUUCGGAAUCUGAUGAAGACAAUGAAAUUUUGACAGCUAAAUUGGUACAAGAGUUGAAGGUACGAGAAGUGCAAGGCAGCGGUGAUCAGGCACUGUCUGUACUAGACCUAUCUUGGAGUAAUACCGGCAACUCAUUAGCUGUGUCUCUAGGACAGAAGCAGCACGAGAAUUGGUGCACAGAUAACGGUUUAAUAAGGUUCUAUACGGUCAAAGUCAGUGCCGGCGACAAAUUAGUGCACAGCAUGGAUAUCAACGAGAAAAACUGUGUUUCAGUAUUGAAAUAUCAUCCGUCGGUCGCGGCUCUGUUCGCCUACGGGACCGUUACGGGCGAGAUUGUGAUCUGCGACCUUAGAAAUAAGGAUGAACUUCAAAUGACGUCGCCGUCUGGUACGCACGGUUCGAAAAGGGUCACGGCGCUUUCUUGGCUGGAGUCCACAACCGCUGAAACGUUUUUUGCGAUCCACAUCAACAAUACAGGCAAGCGAAGGGCCUCGACCGAUCGUAUACUAGUUUCAUCCGGUAGCGACGGAACAAUCGUCGCAUGGCACGUCAACGCUGACAACAAAACGUUUGAAGCCAUUGUAACCUACUCCGUGAACGGCGCCCGCAAGAUGGCCGCCCCGGAUAUCAGCUGUUUUGAUUUCAUCAACACGUUUCCGCUACGUCCGACGGGCGAUAAAAUUUCGAACGACAUUUUCGUGGUCGGCACGAAUGUCGGUAAUUUAUUUUUGUGUAACAUAAAGAAUGCUCAGAGCGCAGCGCAUAGCGGCCACGUUGAUCCGGUCAGCGAUGUUCUAGAAAGCCACGCGACCUGCAUUUUGGCUGUUACGUUUCACCAAGAUAAGCCUGGCGUUUUUAUAACACUGUCCAUUGAUUCCGAAUUGAGGAUAUAUAAUGUUAAACAGGCCAGUCCCUUGAAGAUUAUAUCUCUGGAUUAUCAUGUGUCGUGUGUCGGCUGGCUCCCGUACAAUCCCUGGCUGGCCGUGGUUGGCACGGAAGCAGAGAUGCGCCUGUGUGACGUUGCUUGCGGGAGGGAAGUGCACGUCGAUGGGCUCAAAGGAACGGGCGGCGUUUGUAAGCUGGCCGUGAAUCAAAUCGGGGGUUGCAGGGUGGCGGCGGGUGACUCGGAAGGCUGCGUGAAGAUCUGGGAUCUACCGCGUUGCUCACACACUCCCGGAGACGAUUUAGACAUUUAAUUAUUAGGAUAAUACUAGAGCUUAGUGCGCUUAGUGCGAGUUAUUUAACGUUCUCGAUAGCGUAAAAGUUAACUACUACGUUUUCGCCUACGUUUGCCGCUAGGGGCGCUGUUCCAACAACUCUAUACAAAUUUGAGUUAACUUUCACUCUCACUAACAGCUCUCACUAAGCACACUGGUUAAAUUGAUUUUAGAAUCGAAGGCUGAUUGUUUUUUUUUUUAAAUAGGUACCUAGUUUUGAUUUUCGGUUUGUUUUCCCUAAUAAACGCCUAUCUAUGGAUGGACAUAGAUAAUCUGUGUAGGAAAUAUGAGUUUUUAAGGAGUUUUUUAUUCGAAUAGGGUACAUAUGU